CGCAUACAUGCAAUGAUGUCUUUACAUUUAACACCAAAGUCUAUUCUCAAACGAUCUGGCUUCCCACACAAGCCACCCUCAAACAGCGGCUCAAUACGUCGCUCGGUAUCUUUCUGCUCAGAGGACUCAGUCCGAAUGGCUGACUCGUACGACCGCUCACCGGCGUCACCUACUACUGAACUCUCAUGGUCGGACAUCGAGGAGCUGCGUAGGCUGCAGAUGGACUCGGACAGCGAUGAUUCAAUGGAUCCAAUUGACGAGGCAAAGACGCUCAUGGACCUCCCCGCUCUCCUUGCAGCAGCACCCACCGCACUCCUACCCCUUCUCCCGCCUAUCAAUGCCAUCUCUCGCCCCGUGCCAACCCUCACCCUCCCCGCACCGAGAAAUCGUGGGGCAAAUGGUGGGGGGUGCUGGCUCGCGCCACCAAAGCGCUCCGCGUCUCUCUUGCCUGUGACAGCACCUAUUCGCACGCGUCCGCUGCUCGCCUUCCUUCCCCUCCUCCCGGUCAGCGAUGGUUCCUCUCCGAGCCCUAUGUACGCUCGUCCAGACCCCAACGCUAUCCCUUACUUCUCCCCUCGACCCAACCGAGGAAAGGACGCAGACAGUCCAAUGACGGACGAUAGCAGUUCCCCCAUCACUCCGCCUGACACGAGGAGGAUGCACCCGCUUGAGAUGGCACAGAUGGACGCGGUCGGUGCGGGUAGCUUUGAGAUCACGUUCAAGCGGAGGAUGGAGAGCGAUUGGUAGUGGCGCUCGGUUGGGAGCAGUCCGAAACGAAUGUCCGCCGCCCCCGGAACACUUAUCCCGCUGGUCGGGAUAUGUUCAUAACUCUAUUGGGAUUGAGUGGCCACACGUAAAAUGCACUGCUUUGGCGCAGUGGCCUCCUAUCUGGGCGCAUAUACAGUCCGCACCUGAAGCAUACGCGGCCGCAAACCUGCCACCUUGCGAGCGUAUGUCACGCGCUAUGUACCUGCUGCAGGACCAUCAUGCCGCACCAAGAGCAUGAUUUGUCUCUUGCACCCCUCUUGUUUUUAGAUGGGUUGAAUGGGUCGUCUCCAUGGAUUGCAUGGAACGGAAGUAUAGGCCGCACGGACCAUUUGUAUCAAUAUGUUCACAGCUGGUUAUUGUAUCGUAAGAAUAUCCCUGAAUGGAUAGAAUAAUGCAAAAAUAAU